AUGUCGCCUAGCAAACAAGUUCUCAUCGUCGGCGGCGUGGCCGGCGGAAUGUCCUGCGCAACUCGUCUGCGCCGCCUGGACGAGGACGCAAAAAUCACCGUCGUCGACAAAGGACCAUACGUCAGCUACGCCAACUGUGGUAUUCCGUAUGCCCUCGGCGGCGUGGUUGGGAGCGAGGGAAAACUCCACGUUCAGACUGUCGACAAACUCAAAACUUGGUUCAACAUUGACGCCAGAACCAACACUGAGCUGAAGUCGAUUCAACGAGAUGAGAAGACGGCAACUAUCCGUGAUCUAUCAUCUGGGGAAGAGUCUUCUGUUCCGUACGACAAGUUGGUACUGGCCUUGGGAGCUGAAUCUUUUGUUCCUCCGAUCGAGGGGGCCGAUUCUGAGCACGUCUUCACCCUCCAGACCAUCCCCAACCUUCAAGAGAUCCAAGCCAUGAUCUCCAAGAAAGGCUGCCGUCGAGCUGUAGUCGUCGGCGGUGGCUUCAUCGGACUCGAAGCAGCAGAGAAUCUCCGUCGACUGGGCAUCGAGGUGACGAUAUUCGAAUUCGACCAACACGUCUUUCCCGUGGUGGACCCUGAGAUUGGAGAAGUGGUCGACGAGGAGCUCCGCAAGAACGGUGUCGACCUCAAGCUCAAUGCUCGGGUUACAAAGAUCACCAGCGCUUCAGAAUCUGAGCCUGGUUUGGUCUUUGCUGAAGGACAGGAACCUGUCCCUGCAGACCUGGUCAUCAUGGCUGUUGGAAUCCGCUCAAGGACUGCCAUUCCCAAGGAGGCGGGUCUGGAAUUGGGGAGAACAGGGGUCUCCGUCAAUGAGUUCAUGCAGACCUCGGACCCAGACAUUUAUGCCGUCGGCGACAUGGUCGAGACUCUCAACCUCGUCACCGGUCAGCCAGCGCAGACGGCCCUAGCAGGACCAGCGAAUCGUCAGGGUCGUCUGGUCGCUGAUCACAUCUCGGGCAAGGGGAUCAAGUAUCGCGGCAACCUCGGCGUCUCCGUCUGCCAGGUCUUUGGAAAGACGGUCGGCAUAGUCGGCCUUUCUACACGAAACCUCGACCGACUGGGCAUCAAGCACGAGUAUGUGACGGUGCACCCUCCUCAGCAUGCAGGAUGGUACCCCGGAGCGUCGCCGUUGACGGUCAAGUUGGCCUUUGAGGUGCCAAGCGGAAAGAUUCUCGGCGCUCAGGUCGUCGGCAAGGAGGGCGUGGACAAGCGUGUCGAUGUGUUUGCUACAGCAAUGCGAGCAGGGAUGACGGUCGAGGAUCUCGAACACCUGGAGCUGGCGUACGCACCCCCUUACGGAGCUGCCAAGGACGCUGUCAACAUGGCUGGCUUUGCGGCGAGCAACAUCGUGCGCGGUGACGUGAAGCUCGUCCAUGCCGGAGAAUUUGCCAGGGGAAGCCGCAAUCUCGAAGACUUUCAAAUCAUCGACGUGCGAGGUGCUGAGGAGUACAGCCAAGGUCAUCUCAAGGGGGCCAAGAACAUACCUCUGGUGAACCUGCGCGAGCGGGCAGACGAGGUCGAGCGAGGAGUCCCAACGAUUGUCCACUGCAAGAGCGGAUACCGUUCGUACGUCGCGUAUCGGAUUCUGGCGCAGAAGGGAGUCGAUGUGUAUAAUCUAGAUGGGGGUUACAAGUCGGUGUUGGAUGGAGGAUACGUCACGAUUCAGGAGGCAUAG